UCGAAGCGGGGUGUCUGGUCCCUCCCGGCUUUCCGUCCGCCGGGGCCGGCUGCCCGAGCCGGUGAGGGCUGCCAUAUUGCGAAGGCUCCCGGCGCCCGAUCGGCCCGGUGUGGUCCCGACAGGUCCGCAGAGCAGCCUCGGCAGCUCCGGGGAGCAGCAAAAUGUUCAGGAUCCCUGUGAGAAGGGCCUUGGUGGGCCUUUCCAAAUCCCCUAAAGGAUGUGUUCGAACAACUGCCACAGCUGCAAGCAACUUGAUUGAAGUAUUUGUCGAUGGUCAGUCCGUCAUGGUGGAACCAGGGACAACCGUCCUCCAAGCGUGUGAGAAAGUCGGCAUGCAGAUACCUCGCUUCUGUUACCAUGAAAGGCUGUCUGUUGCUGGAAACUGCAGAAUGUGCCUUGUGGAAAUAGAGAAAGCACCUAAGGUUGUAGCUGCAUGUGCCAUGCCAGUAAUGAAGGGUUGGAAUAUUCUGACAAACUCAGAAAAAUCCAAGAAAGCCCGAGAAGGUGUGAUGGAGUUCUUACUAGCAAAUCACCCACUGGACUGCCCUAUUUGUGACCAAGGAGGUGAAUGUGAUCUCCAGGACCAAUCCAUGAUGUUUGGAAGUGAUAGGAGCCGAUUUUUAGAGGGGAAACGUGCUGUGGAGGACAAGAAUUUGGGGCCAUUGGUGAAGACUAUCAUGACCAGAUGCAUACAGUGCACUCGCUGCAUCAGGUUUGCAAGUGAGAUUGCAGGCGUGGAUGAUUUGGGAACAACAGGCAGAGGAAAUGAUAUGCAAGUUGGCACAUACAUUGAAAAGAUGUUCAUGUCGGAGCUGUCUGGAAAUAUCAUUGAUAUCUGCCCUGUAGGUGCACUAACUUCCAAACCUUAUGCUUUUACUGCGCGGCCUUGGGAGACAAGAAAGACAGAAUCCAUUGAUGUUAUGGAUGCAGUUGGAAGUAAUAUUGUGGUUAGCACAAGGACUGGAGAGGUGAUGAGAAUCUUGCCACGUAUGCAUGAGGACAUCAACGAAGAGUGGAUAUCUGAUAAAACCAGAUUUGCCUAUGAUGGGCUAAAACGUCAAAGACUUACGGAGCCAAUGGUCAGAAACGAAAAGGGGCUUUUAACCUAUACCUCCUGGGAGGAUGCACUGUCUCGUGUGGCUGGAAUGUUGCAGAGUUUUCAAGGCAAGGAUGUGGCAGCGAUUGCAGGUGGCUUGGUGGAUGCUGAGGCCCUAGUAGCUCUCAAAGAUUUGCUUAAUAGAGUGGAUUCUGACUUGUUAUGCACCGAAGAGAUAUUCCCCACUGCAGGAGCAGGCACAGAUUUGCGUUCCAAUUAUCUCCUUAAUUCCAAAAUUGCGGGUGUGGAAGAGGCAGAUGUUGUUCUUCUGGUUGGUACAAAUCCACGUUUUGAGGCACCACUGUUUAAUGCGAGAAUUAGAAAGAGUUGGCUUCAUAAUGACUUAAAAGUGGCCCUUAUAGGCAGUCCAGUGGACCUCACUUACAGAUACAAUCAUCUGGGAGACUCUCCCCAAAUUCUUCAGGACAUUGCUGCUGAUACCCAUCCGUUCAGCCAGGUCCUAAAGGAAGCUAAAAAGCCAAUGGUUGUGUUAGGCAGUUCUGCACUCCAAAGAAAUGAUGGGGCAGCAAUUCUGGCAGCCGUUUCCAGCAUCGCACAGAAAAUUAGGAUGACUAGUGGUGUUGCUGAUGAUUGGAAAGUUAUGAAUAUCCUUCAUAGGAUCGCAAGCCAAGUAGCUGCUCUGGAUCUUGGCUAUAAACCCGGGGUGGAAGCAAUUAGAAAGCAUCCUCCCAAAGUGUUGUUUCUCCUGGGAGCAGAUGGAGGCUGUAUCACGCGACAGGAUUUACCAAAGGAUUGUUUCAUCGUUUAUCAAGGACAUCAUGGUGAUGUUGGGGCUCCCACAGCUGAUGUCAUUCUCCCAGGAGCUGCUUACACAGAGAAGUCUGCUACUUACGUCAACACCGAGGGCAGAGCCCAGCAGACCAAAGUAGCAGUGACGCCUCCUGGCUUGGCUAGAGAAGACUGGAAAAUCAUCAGAGCCCUUUCUGAGAUUGCCGGUUUAACUCUUCCAUAUGAUACUCUGGAUCAAGUGAGAAAAAGACUUGAGGAAGUUGCUCCUAAUCUUGUUAGGUAUGAUGAUGUUGAAGGAGCUAACUACUUCCAGCAAGCCAGUGAGCUCUCCAAGCUUGUGAAUCAGCAGUUUCUUGCUGACCCUCUUGUUCCACCUCAGCUAACAAUAAAAGAUUUCUACAUGACAGAUUCAAUCAGCAGAGCCUCCCAGACGAUGGCCAAGUGUGUUAAAGCUGUUACAGAGGGUGCCCAGGCAGUAGAGGAACCGUCCAUAUGCUAAACCAUCUGCUGGGAUGGACAGUUGCAUUGGAAUGAUUGCUUGGAGGUGUAUCAAUUUGAGAAAAAAAUCUGAAUGAUACUGUAUUUAAUGUUAUACCAUGCUUAUAUGAAAAUGAAACUGUAGUUAUGAGAGACUUGGCAGUUUCAGAAAAAUGUGUGUUGUAUGUAAACAUUGUUAAAUUGUUAAUAAAGCUCUCAAGAUACUGCUUCAUGAAAAGCAUUGAUGCUUGUGAUGAAUACAAAGAUUUUUGUUUAGUUUCGUAAUGUUAUGUUUAUAAAAUAGGAGAAAAG